AUGGAUAACCAUCCGACCAAGGCCUCAAGAUUUCAAGAAGAAGAUGGUCCAGUGACUACAGCCGAAUCAGGCAAAUCGAGACCACUGACGCCUAUGAAAGCUCCGCAGGGUCAGAAUAAGGCCUCGGUGUUACCUGAGAUUCACCAUCCGACUCGACUCUCGCCUUUGCAAAAACAAGACAGUCCAGCUAAGACAGAUGAUGCCGGAAGGGCUGUCUCUCCAACGCCGAUGAAGGCGUUACGGGGACACAGCAGGAGCAGGGACAAUGUAGAUGCGACAACGCCAGCACCACCGGACAUCAUUUCCAAGUCUGUUAGGAUCUCUCCCAAGGUGGAGCGUGAGCAUGCGACUGGAAAGAAUUCUGUCUAUGACGAAGCCAUAGAUUACCCUACCAGGGAUCAGCGAGAUGGAAGCGCCGAACGAUCAAGAGCUCACGGGGGCGGAGAGGCGGUCGCAUCGGGAAAUGGCGAUACUCCUGGAGUUCAGGCAGCUGAACGACAUGGACUCGUAGAACAACAAGAUUCAGCGAAGGAGGCAGAGAAAUCAGCAAAUCUACCUGCUGCACAAGAGGCAUCGGCAUCUAGAAGGCCGUACGAUGUAUACACGAUCGGGAAAAAGGAAGCUAGCACCGGAGAGAUUUUAGAGGGAAGACACGCGCACCAAGCGAAACGUGCUAGGGAGGAGCAAGAGCGAUCCGAUGAUGUCAAGGGAGGGGCGAUAGAGAGUAGGGAGGCUAAUGUGCUGAAGCGUUGA